AUGUCGAAGGCGUUGCCACCCAUCAAACCGUCUCAGCCGCGGGGCCGUGACGCGUUCGGCGGCUCGGGGCGCCAGCAGUCGGCGACGUACGUCCCGCUCCCUUCGCAAGAGGCGAACAGUCAACUCACGCCGACACCGGCGGCGACGCUGCAGCAGUCUACGAUUCGUGCCCCCCCGCGCACCGUGGAGUUCUCGCUGGGCCCCGUUCAGGAGCGGUACUUGCCCCCGUACAACGACCUUGACGACCCACACCUGGCGCCGUACUGGGCCCGCCGUGAGAUGCUGAUCCGCGAACUUGCCGAGCGGCGGAGCGAGAUGCAGCGACAGCGGCGACUAGCGCGACAGCGCCGCGAGGUGGAACGUCGGCGCUUUGAGCGGCGCCGCCAGCGGGAGUUGGAGGAGCUCUCGGCCAAAAAGGGUUACGCGUCGCAGCGGCGCGCCGAAGAAGAGGAUGAGGAGGAGCAGCAGCAGCAGCAGCAGCAGCAACGUUCGGCGAGCAAACGCGGGCCGCACCCGCCUCUGGAGAACAGCAGAUCCACCAGCGGCGGCCGUCGGCAGUCGCGGCGGAGGCACGGUGGGUAUGCACGCAGGCAGCAGCCCGCAUCGGCCCCGGCCGGCGCGGCGGCUGAGCAGCACAGGCCGGCGUCAGUACCGAGGCGAGCGAACGCCAAGUCUGCCACCACGGCGCCGCGCCGCGAUGUACCAAAGGCGAAACACGCCGAAACGGCGCCAACGAGAACAGCAAAGAAAGAAAUGCCAGCAGCGGAGAAAGCCGAGGCCAUCCCUGCCGCAGCCGUGACGCUAGCAGCUGUAGCGGCUGUAGAGGAGGAGAAGUAUUCUGCCGGAUACCAUUCCUCCCCGCACACACCCAUGCGGAGUGAGACCCCGCAGGAGGCCGAUACAAAACUAGAGGCAGCGGUGGAACCCAAGCCUGCUGCAACGGCCAACCUAAAACGCCAGUCCUCCGCGUCCUAUUCAUCAUCCUCGAUGGACUCAUCAUCGUCGUCGUGCAGCUCCUAUGACCACAGAAAGGAAGAACUAGGUAAGCACAGCGCCGAAAAACAAUCAGUGUCACAUUCAGAGCAAAAGAAGCAGGGAGUGGAGCCACUCUCUGUCGAGGCUCUCGUCGCUCUUGAGAAGGCCAAGGAGGAACCACAGCAAGAAAUUGAAGCAAAACAGGACGAGUACGCUGAGGACGAUGACUUUGAGUCCUCCACCUCUUCCCCCAAGGAAAAGCACCAGGUGGAACCGCUCUCCGCACUGAAAGUUGAGGCCCCAGAGGAGGUGCAGCAUGAGUCCCCAAAGAAGGACGAGUACGCCGAGGACGAUGACUUUGAGUCCUCCACCUCUUCCCCCAAGGAAAAGCACCAGGCGAAACCGCUCUCCGCGGCGGAAGUUGAGGCUCCGCAUAAGCCUUCCUCACGUCCCUCGAUGUCAAGUAGUAGCAUGAGUUCAAGUUCUCGUGGUUCGAGUCUGGCUAAGAGUGACCGGGAGGAUCCUUUCUACGAGUUGGGCGAUGCUCCUGAUGCAAGGAAGGGAACGCUGAACGCAAACGUGGCUGCCGGUGGUGACGAGUUGGGGCCAAAGAGCUCUCCAAAAAAAUCCAACCCUCUGCCAGUUUCGGUGUCAAACGGCAAAGUCGAAGAGCCCAGCAAUGAUAAGGGGCAGAAGGUCUCAGACAAUUUUGACGAACUGUAG